GUGUGAGGAUGAACAAGCUACUGUUACUUGCGAUCGCAGUCGGUCUUAUUGCAGCAGUUGGUGGUCUGCCGUUGCCGCCGGUCAUAGAUACUCCAAUAGAUACUGGGUCACGUGGUGGACGUGUUGCCGCUGACGCGUGUCAGCAGCCAAUGACAAAGGGUCCCUGUGAAGCAGCGUUCACCAGAUACUUCUACAACCCCCAGACAUCCACUUGCGAGCAGUUUGACUACGGCGGCUGUUGGGGAAAUGACAACAACUUCGCUAGCCUGCAAUUAUGCCAGGAGACGUGCAUGAGUGAUAUGUUGAACGAUUUACCUCCUCCGCCAGGGGACGCUCUCUUCAAACUGUUUCCAGAAGAGAAAUAAUAUGUUACAGUGCAGACUAUUCUACAGUUGAUGUAUUGUCAAAGUUUGCACAUUUUUUUUUGUUUUCAUAAGCGUCCUAAAUUU